AUGAAGCCAAGUGAAGAAUUUCGUCACCGGCUUGCUGUUUUCUUACAGGCGGCAGAGGCGGCAGAAGCAGAGGUCGAGGCAAUCAUGAGAGAAGAAGUUCUAUGUCGUGCGCUAUUGGACCCCGAAGGUGAAGCCAGAAGACGGCGAAUUCAGGCUCGGAAGCUGCGCCGAAAAGGCCUUCGGUGGAACUUUGCUGGGCGAUCUGCAAAAGCAUCCAAUGACCGUUUUCGAGAGCACGAGGUUGACCUGGAAUCCCGACGGAAGCUUGCCUUCCGCUCCCGGAGAUUUCGAGGUCAAGCAGAAGACCAGGGUGAUGAGCGGCAGCUUGGUAACCUCGCAAAGCAACGUGAGGUGGUGUUGGGACUCACUCCAAUGCAGGUGCAAGGUGAGCAGAAGGGGCUUGAGGGCAGCAAAGCCAGCCAGAGCAAGGCGCAAAGACCUCGCCCGAGGGGAGGGCGGAUGCUGAAACGACGUCGGUUACCGCCGAUUGAUUUUCCUGAGCUACCGAUUCUUAUUGCUGACCAUGAAGACCAA